AAUACCCCCCCCCCCUCACCAAAAGAUCUGCUCUUAUAAAACAAAAAGAACACGACACGCGUGUAGAUGUGUACGUAUCUGCUGUUGUUUGAAUACAUACAUAUCAAGAAGCCUCAGUUUAACUCUGAAGAGGACUGCGAUACACGUUUACAAUAAUCUGUAUGCAUCGCAGUUUGUUGCUCAUUCCAGCAUCCAAGCACAUUUGGAAGUUUGUGACACUCGAGAGCCAAAGACACUGCUCCUUUACCAAAUUAGUAGGCCCAAGCAGCAUUAAUAAUCGAACCACCAUGCCAGCAGAAAAACGCAAGGCCACAUUUGUCAAAAUGGACAACACCAAACGGCAGAAGCUGCAGGCUGUAAAAGAGGGGAAGAGGGAGAGAGUAGAGGGCUGGCUGCAGGAUGUGGUGGCAGAGCAGCGGAAGGAGAAGAAGGACUUGAAAUUCAACAAGCAGCGCCUCCGUUUUCUGUCCCAAACCCAGAAGAUAAAGCAAGGUUCAGAGGGAGUAGUCUACUGGAUGAACCGGGAUCACAGGGUCCAAGAUAACUGGGCGUUGAUCUAUGCCCAGCAGCUUGCCCUCGAAGAGAAGCUGCCCCUGCAUAUCUGUUUCUGUUUGGUGGUACCACAAAACUCAGAGUUGGCCACCAUCCGCCAUGUUGGCUUCAUGCUGAGGGGACUGGAGGAAGUUGCAAAGGACUGCAGUGCCCUGGAUAUUCAGUUCCACCUGCUCCAGGGCUCCGCUGGAGAAUUGCUGCCAGGGUUUGUGGCGGACUGGAGUUUUGGGGCAGUAGUGACCGACUUCUCCCCUCUAAGGACACCGCUGCAGUGGGUGGAGGAGGUCAAAAAGGGGCUUCCGUCAGAUAUCCCCUUCAUACAAGUCGAUGCCCAUAACGUGGUGCCCUGCUGGGUGGCAUCAGACAAGCUGGAGUAUUCUGCCAGGACGAUCCGUAACAAGAUCACCAAGCUUCUGAAGGAGUUCCUCACAGAGAUGCCUUUAGUGGACAAACACCCACACGCUGCUCUCCGAACCGCCAAACCAGUAGACUGGGCAGAGGCAUUGUCCUCUCUGGAGGUGGACAGGACGGUGGAGGAGGUGGAUUGGGCCAAGUCUGGCACUGCAGCAGGCAUAGCCAUGUUGGAAUCUUUCAUCGACCUGCGCCUCAAGAACUUUGCCACUCAGAGGAACAACCCCAAUUCUUCUGCCGUUAGUCAGCUCUCGCCGUGGAUCCGCUUCGGUCACUUGUCUGCCCAGCGCGUGGUGCUGCAGGUAAAGUGCUGUGGGAAGAGUGCCGGCGAGUCCGUUUCCUCCUUCACAGAAGAACUGGUGGUGCGCAGAGAGUUGACCGAUAACUUCUGUUUCUACAACCCCAGCUAUGACAGUGUGAAGGGUGCAAAUGACUGGGCCCAGAAAACGUUGAAAGAUCACGCCAAAGACCCCAGGCCAUACGUCUAUACCCGCGAGCAGCUGGAGAAAGCCCAGACCCACGACAAGCUCUGGAACGCAGCCCAGUACCAGAUGGUGAUUGAGGGUAAGAUGCAUGGCUUCCUAAGGAUGUACUGGGCCAAGAAGAUCCUGGAGUGGACCUCUUCACCAGAGGGAGCGCUCUCCAUCGCCAUCUACCUCAACGACCGAUACGAGUUGGAUGGGCAGGACCCCAACGGAUUCGUAGGUUGUAUGUGGUCCAUAUGUGGGGUCCAUGACCAGGGCUGGGCCGAGAGACCCAUCUUCGGAAAGAUACGGUACAUGAACUACAAAGGCUGCACCCGCAAGUUUGACGUGGCACAGUUUGAGAGGAAGUACUGCCCCAAAGACCUGUAAUGAGGAUAAGUUGAGGCAAGUUGGGGGAAGAGUGUAUAGAGUCUGGGAGCCUUUAUAUCCCAUACCUGGGUCAUAUUCGUAAGGGCAAAAACGUAUCAAAAUGUUGUUCAAUGCAAAAAGGAAAAUAAUAAUUUCUUAUUACAUAUUCAGGUGGUCCCUCCCAUACCUGGGUCAUAUUCGUAAGGGCAAAAACGUAUCAAAAUGUUGUUCAAUGCAAAAAGGAAAAUAAUCAUUUCUUAUUACAUUUUCAGGUGGUCCCUCCCAUACCUGGGUCAUAUUCGUAAGGGCAAAAACGUAUCAAAAUGUUGUUCAAUGCAAAAAGGAAAAUAAUCCUUUCUUAUUACACAUUCAAGGUGGUCCCUCUGUUUCUUUCUGUUUUGGUGCCUAGUGAAUACUACCUUGUUCUCGAACCUACUCCAGACUUUAAGAUGGGGUCAAGUUCGGCACAGCACAUGUAUCUAUAUCUGUGUUCUUAUUGUUCAGGGCCCGUAUCCACAAAGCAUCUCAGGAAAGGUCCUAGGAAUCCUGUUCACUUGUUUUAAGACGACAAUAAAAAACCACUCUUAAUUCUUGCCUAAUAUGUUGGCAUGCAUAACUUCUUCUUCUUUUUUUACAAAGAUAUUUUUUAUUUGAAAGGCAUUGCACUGAAUCAUACAAUAUGAUGGUUGUUAAAAGCGGAAUUUUCAUUAUAUUACUGUUAUAUCAACACACUCAUCUCUCUCCUUCAACAACUCUGAAUCUCUUUUAGCACAGUAGGCAUCAAGUCACUUGCCAAUAAUGUUGCCUAAAACAUUUUGAAAGGUCUAUCAUUAACCACCAAAAGCACAGCCACUAGAUGCUGUCAAUUGCCAAACUUAUAGGCAUGCCCAAUUUAGGAAUAUUGCACUCCAAAGGGACAACUUGAUAUACAUGUAGGUUAAUGAAAUAGUCAAAAAGAAAAUGUGAUCAAGUAUUUAGGCAUAUCAUAAUGUGAAUUAGGCCUCGUGUAAAAUCAUUGUCAAAAGCGCAAGAAAUACCUACUGUUGCAUGAAGGUCUAUAUUAUUUAUGGGUUGAUCGUAUAGAACUAUUGAGUUGAACUAACUUUCAACUCCAGAUCAUUGCUUGUCUAUGGCGCACUGUCCUUUACUGUUUUCAAGACACCUGCUGGUAACUCUUAACUGGUUAGGACAGCUCAUGAGGUCUCCUAAAUAUCUGCCGACUACAUUUACAUUUAAGUCAUUUAGCAGACGCUCUUAUCCAGAGCGACUUACAAAUUGGUGCAUUCACCUUAUGACAUCCAGUGGAACAGCCACUUUACAAUAGUGCAUCUAAAUCUUUUAAGGGGGGGGGGGUGAGAAGGAUUACUUUAUCCUAUCCUAGGUAUUCCUUAGACUAGGUGGGACUCUUGUGACUAAAGAGGAUUCACGCAUAGCUUUUAUUUUUACCCAUGAGAGGAGAAAAAAUAGUCUCCAUUCUCGGCACCUGCGACCAAUGUUCUACUCUGAGACGCUUUGUUGAUACGGGCCCAGGUAGUACCUCUCCGUUUCACUCUGUUUCAAAACGUUUUCCCCCUACUGAGCACAGCUGGGGGUUUUCAGCCACAGCAUGCUGUGGUUUCAGGUUUAUAUAUAACUACAUGGACUGCAGAAACAAUGUAUACACACAACUGUAAGUCGCUUUAGUUAAAAUAAUCUGUUAAAUGGAACAUACUGUAGCUAUAUCAAUAUAUCAAUAUAUCAAUGUGUGUUUGGUUGGGAAACAGAUCAAACAUGUCAAACACUCUUCUGAGGUCAAAGGUAAUAAUACUCCAUUUAAUUUGUAUCUGGUAUCUAAGCGACUAUGCAGAUGAUGCUAGUGCAUGUACAUGUAUUACGGUUUUGCGUGAUUUGAUAUUCUUUGGCUUGUCAAGAACAUCACUGAUGUUUUAUUUCACGUGUAUUUCCUAGUGUUAUUUUGGUAACACUUUCCUUGACACCCAGCGUGGUAACACUUUCCUUGACACCCAGCGUGGUAACACUUUCCUUGACACCCAGCGUGGUAACACUUUCCUUGACACCCAGCGUGGUAACACUUUCCUUGACACCCAGCGUGGUAACACUUUCCUUGACACCCAGCGUGGUAACACUUUCCUUGACACCCAGCGUGGUAACACUUUCCAUGACACCCAGCGUGGUAACACUUUCCUUGACACCCAGCGUGGUAACACUUUCCAUGACACCCAGCGUGGUAACACUUUCCUUGACACCCAGCGUGGUAACACUUUCCUUGACACCCAGCGUGGUAACACUUUCCUUGACACCCAGUGUGGUAACACUUUCCUUGACACCCAGCGUGGUAACACUUUCUUUGACACCCAGCGUGGUAACACUUUCCUUGACACCCAGCGUGGUAACACUUUCCUUGACACCCAGCGUGGUAACACUUUCUUUGACACCCAGCGUGGUAACACUUUCCUUGACACCCAGCGUGGUAACACUUUCCUUGACACCCAGCGUGGUAACACUUUCCUUGACACCCAGCGUGGUAACACUUUCCUUGACACCCAGCGUGGUAACACUUUCCUUGACACCCAGCGUGGUAACACUUUCCUUGACACCCAGCGUGGUAACACUUUCCUUGACACCCAGCGUGGUAACACUUUCCUUGACACCCAGCGUGGUAACACUUUCCUUGACACCCAGCGUGGUAACACUUUCCUUGACACCCAGCGUGGUAACACUUUCCUUGACACCCAGCGUGGUAACACUUUCCAUGACACCCAGCGUGGUAACACUUUCCAUGACACCCAGCGUGGUAACACUUUCCAUGACACCCAGCGUGGUAACACUUUCCAUGACACCCAGCGUGGUAACACUUUCCAUGACACCCAGCGUGGUAACACAAUAUAUGUCACAACACGUGUAAUUAUAUUGGUCAUGACAGUGUUAUGGCGCUUGGUGUCAAGUAAAGUGUUACCAUUAUUGUUUUGUGUCAGUUGUCUUACGAAGAGAUUAGCAUUGUGCGUUGUAUUUUUGAAUAGUUGCCAUUUGUUUUUAGUAUAGUGUUCUGUGUCCAAUAAAUGUAUUUUAUAAUGUUAACCCAACAUCAACUCUUUAUAUAACAUUUGUAAAACUUCAAAACCUGAUGAAUUCACAGCUGAAAGAUUUUCUCUACAAUAAUUGUCAUAUCCCAAAGCCAGUCUGAUUUCAGAGCUAAACAUAGUAUAAUCAGCUGUAACCAAGGUGAUCAGUGAUCUUCAGGAUGCACAAAAAAGAGCAUUGCGUAUCACUUUUUAUUGACUACCUGGAAGUUUUCUACGUUGUUGACCCUGCUGUUGCAUAGACAACAGAAAAUAAGUUUAAAGAUAGUCAGUCAGCGAUGCACAAAGUAAUCUGCAAUAUUGGGUCGAUUUCCAUAACAACUAGGAGCGUUGCCAGACUGAACUUCUCCUCUGUUUCCGGUCCUGCAGCCAUCGUGUAGCUUUUGAAGCGAACCCACAUGUGCAGAUACACUCAAGGAUUAUCACAAAGUAUGCGCUCAUCUGUGGUGCUGCUUGUGGCAACGUCAUAUAUCGCUGAGUAAAACAAAGAUCUAUAUAAGGACAAGAUGCAGGACUCGAUGGUCUAACAAUACUAAUGUCUGCAAACCGGGUGGAGGUGGGAGCAUGUGAACAAUGGGCACUAUUGUGCACUACUAACUUUUUUUUAUUUUAUUUUUUUACCUUUAUUCAACUAGGCAAGUCAGUUAAGAAGAACAACAAUUCUUAUUUUCAAUGACGACCUAGGAACAGUGGGUUAACUGCCUAUUCAGGGGCAGAAUGACAGAUUUGUACCUUGUCUGCUCAGGGAUUUGAACUUGCAACCUUUCGGUUACUAGUCCAACGCUCUAACCACGAGGCUACCCUGCCGCCCCAAAACUAUGAUAACAUUGGUUUUCUCAAAGUUGCUGGGAUGCCACGUGCCUGAUUUAUUUUUUAUUAGUACAUUUGUAACAACCUAACCAUUUGGAAACUUCGAUCAAAUAAGACUUGCAUCUAAAAUGUAACUUCAUUCUAUUGACCAAUUUUGACACUCCCAUUGACCCCAUUGACCACAAACAUUCCCACUUCCACUGGUUAGUGCCAGAGAUGUAGAGGCAAAGCAGGAGACUUCACUCCACGCUAAAUCUGUCCACGUUAAGCAGAUAAUUAAUUAUUAAGCAAGUGAAGAGUGUUUGUAUGUAUGUGUGGCAAUGACAGUUGAAUUUAGUCAAGAAGGCAAUUAAUUUUUAUUUUGAUACGUGAGGCUUAUUUUAGCUAAUAGAAGUUUCAUAAAGGGUGUUAUCAGAACAGCCUUAAUUUGUUGUGGCUGAACAAGGUGUCGAAAGCGUUCAACAGGGAUGCUGGCCCAUGUUGACUCCAAUGCUUCCCACAGUUGUGUCAAGUUGACUGGAUGUCCUUUGGGUGGUGGACCAUUCUUGAUACACGGGAAACUGUUGUGCGUGAAACCCAGCAGUGUGGCAGUUCUUGACUCAAACUGGUGCGUCUCUCACCUACUACCAUAUCCUGUUCAAAGCCACUUACAUUUAGGGGUUUUGCCAAUUCACCCUCUGAAUGGCACACACACACAAUCCAUGUCUCAAGGCUUAAAAGUCGUUCUUUAACCCGUCUCCUCUCCUUCAUCUACACUGAUUGAAGUGGAUUUAACAGGGGACAUCAAUAAGGGAUCAUAGCUUUCACCUGGCUUCACCUGGGCAGUCUGUCAUGGAAAGAGCAGGUGUUCCUAAUAUUUUGUACACUGUAGAUGAGGCCUUGAGUUUGACAUGUGUUGUGUGGCCAUCUAGUGGAGAUGAGUCAUUAGCACUGGCCUAGGUAGACUUUGCAAAGUGUCCCACAGAGAGCGAUAUUUUGAAAUAUGCAAUCCUCUUACUUUUCUGUACAUCAGGACAGUUAUUUUUAUAUUUUCCCAUAAAUGUAUAGGUACGGCCAUUGUAAAUCAAAAACACUGGCAAAUGUAGGCCACACAUCAACACUUAAGGGAUAGUUCAAAGAUUUUAUGAAUUUACAUGGGAUCAAUUUCCUAUGCUAGGCAAUCUAGACUGCUGGCUGUUGGCAAUAAUGUAUUUUACUUCAGUAAUUAAAGUGGGAAAUUCAAACAUUGCAGAUUGUGAAAUAGAUUUUCGAUGCAACAGCAUACUAAUCAGUAACUUCUUAUUAUUAAAAAAAAAUACAACUGUCCUGUAGGCCUAUAGCCUGCCACUGGAAAAUAGGCUAAUUAGAUGCAUCACAACUAUAUUGUUUGUCUGCCUCACCUACUACCCAAGUAGACUGGACAUCACAAACACUUCACUUGCUACACAUUGACAUUUAAAAGGAGGAUUAAUGUCAAAAUGAUUUAUUUAAAAUGUAGACAGGUGUGUGAUGGGGAGCACAUGGGCCCCCGGAGGUUGUGGGACCCUCCACCUUCCGGGGGUUGCAAGGGUUUCCACUAUGGCAGUGAUGGUACCCCCUAAUCCUAAUAUUAGGGGGUACCAUCACUGGUACUUACAGAAAACGUUUGACCUCUGUCAUUGCCAACAAAGGGUAUAUAACAAAGUAUUGAGAACUGUUGUUAUUGACCAAAUACUUAUUUCCCACCAUGAUUUGCAAAUAAAUUCAUUAAAAAUCCUACAA